CUAUUGAGUAUUUACUAUGUGCCACACACUAUUCUGAGUGCUUUUCAUGUAUAAUGUCAUUUGGAUUUCCUAACAACCCUAAGAGGUAGGAACUAUGAUCCUUAUUUAACAGAGGAGGAGGCUGAGGCAUGAACAGUGUAAAUAUCUAACCCAGGAUCACAUAGCUAGAGAGGGGUGUAGGUUUGGGACUGGAACCUGGGCAGUCAAGUUGUAGAUGCUAACAGGUAUUAGCAGUGCUGACCUUUGUGAAAUUAAUACUGGAGUGGCAGCAGUUACCAUAUAUUAAUAAAAUUAGGCAGGAGGUUACAGCAUGGUCUUGACUCACCACUGACUUUAUAACUUGGAUCAAAUCCAAGUUUUCUCAAUCUUAGCUAUAAAGUGAGAAGUCCUAUAUAGCUUAUAGGUCAUUAUAUGAGUUUGAAAAGUGCUUUAAAAAUAAAGCUAUUACUAGGAACUAUUUUCUCAGGUUCCAGUAGACCUGAUAGGAGAUCCUGGUAGGUAGUCCCAACAAUUGUUUCAUGAAGGAUAAGCCUUCUGUAGAACAAAUUUGGGAACAAUUUUCAGAAAAUUGUUGCUCUAAUAGAUGAGUACAUUAUUGAUUUGUUAAACUAAAUUACUCAUUUGAGAGAAGUUGAUCUAGACCAAUGCCAGAGGAUAGGCCACACAAAAGUGAAGUGUUGAAAGGGUAACUGAGCAUUAUGUUAUUAAGGGUGGGGUUGCUUAUUCAAGGAAGAGAGUGGUAAAUUAGCUGGAUGAAUAGAUUGGCAUCAGAUAAUGGAAAUUCUUAAUAGUGGCUCAGGUGGAUGUGAUACUACAUGUUAUUAAGUCAGUCCUGGGUUCACAGUUCUGCCACCUACUAGUCAAGUAGCCAUGGCUUCCUCAUCUGUAAGAUAGGGACAGUAUCAGUGGCUAAGGGUCGUUGGGAAGAUAAAAUGUAGUGGUGACUGUAAGGAGCCUGUCAUAGCACCUGAUGCAUAAGUAAACUCAGCAAAUGACCGCUACUUCCGUCAGUACUGUGGUAAGCUUGGGAAAGCAGCAGGACCGGUGCGAGGGCCCUGUCCUCACAACUGACAGUCCAGCAGGGAAGGCCAUCGUUAAGUGAUUAUAAAAAAGCAUGUUGAAUGCUAGGUAUAGGUAGCAGCAGUAACAUCCAGUGGGGGGACUUAACCCAGGGUUGGAGUCAGAGAAAGUAUCCCUCAGGAAGCAAUGUUGUACUUUAAAGAGAUGGUAUGUUGAUUUUCACUGAGAGUUUGAUUCCUUGGCUUAAUGUUAUAUGUUACUGGGGCAUUGGUGUGUGAUUGCUUCCAUGUCUCCUCUAGUAUCUUUGAGGCCAUGAUGAUCUUUUUCAUCCAAAGCACCUGGCACUAGUGCCUGGCUCAUAUAAAUAUUCAAUAAAUAUUUGUUUAAUUGGAAUAAGUAGGUUUUGUUUUUUUACAUUCAUGAGUCUGUCACUGGAGGUUCCCUAUUUCUGAUGAGCAACAGUGACAUCUGGUGGUAAGAGUUGGAACUGAAAUCUUCAAAGUACGCUGCUUCCCCGUCAGGAUUUUGGAGUAGAGGAUCAGUCCCGGCAAGCCUCUUGCCUCACAGUUGAGGAAAUGCUACUUGGAGAGUUUUCAGGAACUUGUAAUUUAGGCUCUAUCUCCAUGUAAAUCUAAAGCCCGUUGUAACAUACUUACUAGGCCAGAACAAAGCUGAAUGAAUAUAAAGUAUUUUAAAGUUCUCCUGUGUCAAAUGAUAGACCUGCCAAUUAUUAUUUAUAUACCUGAUUCUGUUUGAAAUAAAGAAUUAGCUUUUAGCAAGGUAAAUGUUAGAAAUUUUUUUCCAAAUUAAGCAGUGAUAAAUGAUUCUAGGUUGGAGUUCAGUGUCCACUUGGUCGCCUCAGAGGAACCCAGUAAAUAAAUAAAUAAAUAAAUGUUCAUAUCAGCUUUAUUCAUAAUAUCCCCAAACUGGAAACAACCCAGAAGUCUUCCAGUGGGUAAGUGGUUAAAUAAACUGGCAUAUCCAUACCAUGGAAAACUACCCAGCAAUAAAAAGGAGCAAAUUAUUGAUACACAACAAUUUGGAUCAAUUUCCAGAGAAUUACUCUUGAGUUAAAAAAAAAAAAAUCAAUCCCCAAAAGUUAGAUAUUGUAUAUUUAUAUAAAAAUUUUGAAAUGACAACAUUUUAGAAAAGACAAAUGGGUGGUUACCAGGUUUUAGGGACUGGGAGGUGGGGGAGGGAUGCGGAUGUGGUUAUAAACUCCCAAGAGAGGGAUCCUUGUGGUGAAGUAUUCGGUGUCCUGACUGUGGUGGUGGGUACGAAAACCUACACGUUGUAAAAUUGAGCAGGACAAAAUACAUCACAAACAUGAACACAAAUUAAACAUGAAUAAGAUAGGUGUAUCAGUGUCAAUAUUCUGAUUGAUGUUGCAAAAUGUGGUCUGGUGCCACAUCUUCGUGAAUGUCUAUGGAGUGAAUGCCUUAUGAGGAAAAAAUAAAAGCAAUUAUGAGCUGUCUGGACAUUUUCAAAUCAUGAAGGCCUCGAUAAAUAUUGGGAAAGCUUCCUUGGAUCUCCUUUCAUAGAAAUUUGCCUCCCGCUUCCAUAUAGCCUGAAUAUAGUAGUGACUUAAGUUGGGCAGUGUCUUAAAAAAACAAACAUACAAGUGUUUUCCACGAUGAAAAUAAACCAUAAAUCCCCCAAGCAAAAAUAAAAACAGCACUGUAAUUCCACCAUCCAAAUAUAACCAUUUUCUUUUAAUAUUUCUAUGUAUUCCUCACAGUCUUGUUUCCGUUUUAAAAAACACAACUUUAUUUAGCAAUUGCUAUUUUGCGUCCUGCUUUUUUCACUCACCGUCACAACACAACUUCCCCCCAUAUUUUUCAAAGACAUUCUGCAUGCGUCACAUUUCGUGGUGGGAUCAUUCACUUUUCAACUCCCUUACAGGACCACUGAAUGUGCAUCUCUGCCCAAAAUGUUCGGCCGACGAAACUUUUAAAGCAUACGUUCCAGAAUCGGAUGGCUGGGCCAACUUUAAAGUCUCAGGCACACGACGCCUUUUUCCACCCAGCCCACCACCCCUAUUCCCACACCUCCUCAACCUGGGCCACAAACGCCGCCGUCACUUUUCCGACUCCCGGAGCCCCGUCGGCCUCCGUAGACACGUGGUGACGUCACGCAUAGAGCGUUUCUGGUUUCCCUGGUGACGGUUGCCGGGGCAGCGCGUGCAGGCGUCCGGAAGAGGAGACAGAGCUGCUCUGGCCUUAGAAGUGAGGAGCGGAGUGACCGCUGGCAAGAUGGCAGCAGAUGAAGGUGCACAGGACACCUUACGUCUCCAGUUCAAGGCCAUGCAGGAGAUGCAGCACAAAAGGUUACAGAAGCAGAUGGAGAAACAGAAGGAAAAGGAACUGAGCCUCAAAAUCAAAGUUGAUGACCAAAAAGAGCCCUUGGAGAUUUCCGAUGGCCUCAGCCUUCUCCAACCUGGGGAUCAAAACUCGAAAAACAGCUUUGAGCAGAGGAUGCUUGAAGAUGAGAUUGCACACCUUCGAGAACAGCUCAGGGAGACGGUGGAUGAAAAUGGGCGAUUGUACAAGCUGCUGAAGGAAAGGGACUUUGAAAUCAAACAUCUCAAAAAGAAAAUAGAAGAGGACAGAUUUGCCUUCACAGGCACAGCCGGUGUGGCCGGGGAUGUGAUUGCCACCAAAAUCAUUGAGCUGUCCAAAAAGAACCGGGUGCUGACGGCAGAGUCAGAGGGCGCGAAAAGCAGAGUGAAGCAGCUGAGCAAUCGUGUCCAGGAGCUGGAGCAGGAACUGCAGGCGACCCUGGCCAGGCUACCAGCCAAGGCAGCCACCGAUGCGGGAGCCAAAGCGUCGAGGGCUCAGAUGGGAGACAGAGCCUUGCCAGAGACCCCAGAGGUGAAGGUCUUGCAGGACAGGCUGACGGCCACAAACCUGAAGAUGAGUGACCUCCGCAACCAGAUCCAGUCUGUGAAGCAGGAGCUCCGGAUGGCCCAGAAGGUUUUGACCAGCGAGGUCGGGGAAGAUGUGAAUGUCCAGCAGCUCCUGUCCUCCCCGGGGACCUGGAGGGGCCGGGCUCAACAAAUUCUUGUGUUGCAAAGCAAGGUUCGCGAGCUUGAGAAGCAGCUGGGACAGACCCAAAGCCAGUCUGCAGGAAUAUCCCAUGACAAGCUACCUGUCGGUCCGGACCCAAGGAAGCUGUCGGCACAGGAGAAAAACCUGCUGAGGAUCCGCAGCCUGGAAAGGGAAAAACAGGAGGGCUGCGAGAAACUCAUGGGUGAGCGGGAUGCCCUCCAGAAAGAGCUUGAAGAACUGAAAAAGAAGUUGGAGGGCGUGAAGUCCCGGAAUAAGGUGCUGUCAAGCGAAGUGAAGACCCUCAGGAGUCAGAUGGGGACCCUGGUGGAGAAAGGCCGACAUGACGAUGAGCUCAUCGACGCCCUCAUGGACCAGCUGAAGCAGCUCCAGGAGAUUCUGGGCAGCCUGAGUCUGCAGGAGGAGAAGACCCGGGCGUCGCAGCACCAUCUGGACCAGCAGGUCAACAGUGAGGCUCAGCAGAGCAUCAGCCUCAUCACCCAGCUGCGGGCCAUGGUGGCUGAGCGGGAGGCCAAGGUACAGCAGCUGGAGUUGGAGAUUGGCCAACUCAGUGUGCAGUAUCUUCAGAAUAAAGAAGUGGGCAAGGGGUCUGGUGGGACUGAGGUCAACCCCGCCUACACCAAGUUCCUGGAGGACCCUGGCCAGCCCAAGCCCCCAGCCUCAGCAGGCGAUCACGUUGGCAGGCUUGGAUCUUCUCGCUCCGUGACCAGCCUGGGCCACACGCUGGUGGAAUCUGCUCUCACGUGGCCUUCUCUGCCUAGUCCUCAUGGGGCCUCACCCAGGUUCUCAGACUCCCCCGAACAGAAAGGCUGGCAGGCACAGGUGGCAGAGUUCAAGGCCCUCUGGCAGGCCGCUGAAGUGGAGCGUGACCGGCUUACCGAGUUUGUCACUGUCCUGCAGAAACGGGUGGAGGAGAGCAACAGCAAGCUUCUGGAAUCAGAGAAGAAGCUGCAGGAGGAGCGGCAACGCAACGUGGUGCUGGAGCAGCAUCUGGAGAAGAUGCGCCUGGAGCCUGGGAGGACGUCAGUCAGUCAGAGAGCAGCCCCCAGGAGCAAAACAGGUCCGCCCACUUCCAGCACCAGGCACAACCCGAACAGGAGUGAAAGGAAGGACCCAUCCUUCACCCAGCUCUCCAAUGUGCCCAUGGAAUCACAGAUGGAGGAGCUGACCACCAGGCUGGCCAUCCAGGUGGAGGAAAACGAGAUGCUGAAGGCUGCCCUGGGCAGUGCCCUGCGUGGAAAGGAGGAGGAUUUCCGAAUGUACCACGAGACCCUGGGCCAGGUGAAAGGGGUCUUUCUGCAGGCCCUGCGGCAGCAGAAGGCAGACACUACUAGGAUGGUGGCCCGGUGUCAGCCUGGUGGGACGGGGCAGCCUUAGGCCCAGAGAGGACUGCUCCUGCUCCCAGAAGCCAACCUGGGCAACCAGCUCCGCCCCUUCUCCCGGAAGAGGUUCCCCAAGGGUGAGCAGAGCCAACACCUCAGACCAGGAGGGCAAAGGAGAAGCCUUGGAGGAGCCCUGGAGGCAACCCUGGACAGGCCGGGCAAUGGCAGGGGAGGAGGCCCGGCGACCUGCUCAGCACCAGCGAGAGCUCUGGGACGAUAAGCCAGCUGUAGACAGACAGAUGCAGCCCCUGGGCCAGGUGCUCUCGCCCCACCUGGCCUCGGGCCUAGCUGGGAGGCCCUGCAGGCCCACAGGCCUCCAUCGGCCCAGGAUGAGCCUCCCGCAGCCCCACCCACCUGCCUCACCAGGGCAUUACCCCCACCUUCCCCCAGCUCCCCCCUCCACGGCUCCCUCUGUGGCCACCCCCCAACUUUCGCAGACUUGGGGGCACGUGCUCCCAGCCACUUUGUCAAGCCCUCUCUUCAGGGCUUUUCCUUAGCCGCAGACCCUCGGACUUAUAAUAAUAUUAUUUUCACGACCGCCACAGGUCCCAGUGAGUGAGCAUCUACCAUGGAAACCUGACCCCGCCUAGUCCUCUAGUAACCCAGGGAUUUGGCACCCUCUUUUGCAGAUGAAGAAACUGAGGCUUAUGGAAAGAAGCUGGGCUAACAUUUAACCCUGGGCCGCCUGACUACAAAAGCAGGGUCCUCUCAGUUGAGCGAUUCGCCAGGGUGGGGGUGCCCACCCCCAACCAGCUGCUCCGGGAGUCCCCUCCAUUUGCUUCCACAAGGCUGCAGCUAGUGGGUGCCUGUUUGGGGUGGGGGCUGGGCAGGAGGUUUGGGCAGGAGGGUCUGAGGCAGUGAGUCCGGGCCAAGGCGUGGUGCUCCUCCCUCACGGCCGCAGAGGGGUGAGCCCCCCACGUCCCUCUGUAACUGUCACAGCGUCACCCCCGCCUCCCCGCACUCACAGCUCUGGGAAAGGGGGGCCCUAAGGAAAGUCACCCACAGCCACACAUACCGACCAGACCCCCCAGGCCCCCACAAAGCCACAGGUGCACAGAAAUACUUAGACUCGGGAGCACGCAGCUGUACGGGGCAUACACGCACCCCCAGACAGGGCCGGCUGCGCACUCCCAGGCCCUCCACAUGGGCAUGUGCUCACACUCCCACCCACGCAGACCGGUCACUAGCAGAGUGACUCGCAGGUGUGGGCGCGCGUGCCGUGCGGAGACCUUCUGGAGGGAAGCCACCUGGGGCUCCUGGGACCUGUCUGCUCGGGCCCUGCCUCAGGGGUGGGGGCUGUGGAGGUACUCUGCGCUGGCCCCCCGCAGCCAGGACGCCCCUGACCCUGCCUGGAGUGACACAGGUCUAGAGGUCCCUUGGCGAGCUGUAGUGAAGGCCAUCAGGACGAAGCAGCAAUGCUGAGAGGGUCCUAAGAGUCCCGGGAAGGUAAGAGUUUUUCUCUGAUUCCUUGUGAAAGGAGCUGGCCAGAGGGACUGAGAGGCCGCGUGCUGGGAGGGGACAGCGUGUGACGGUGAGGAGUGGGCCCCACGCAGAGUCGUGGCACCAGACCGAGUAGUCCGUACCUUCCCCUGUAGGCGUGGGGGAGCGCCACAGGGGAUCUGAGUGUGGGCGGGGACAGGCUCCAGCCCUCAUGGAGUCCCUGGGAGGGAUAAGCAGGCAGAGGACCAGCUAUCCUUCCUCAGGGAUGGGCAGAGAGGCAGGGAUCUCCUCAGGGAAGUGCAGGGUGGCCUAACCCACACCCUAACCACUCGAGGGUGGUUUGGCUGCCUUCCUGGCUCAGGGCUGUGUCUGAGAGAGGAAAGGGCCUCAAGUCACAAGGUCUGAAUAGGUGGGGGUGCCAGGGGCACAUCUCUUUCCCCAUUCAUCAGCUGUGUGGCCUUGGGCGAGUUGCUUAACCUCCCUGAGCCUCCAUGUCCUCAUCUGUAACAUGGGGACAAGAAUAGAAACCUCCUUCCAGGGGCGGCUGUUACAUGUGUCAGAGAAUAGCUCAAAGACAUUUAGCUCAUUAUGAGGUUGCCUUUUACUUCUGUCCAAGGGGCAUGUAUCAAUAGAUUGGUUUCAUUCCACAAAGAUAAAACAGGAUUUACAUGAGAGAGAGUGGGAAGUCAGGCCUAGUAAAUCUUGUUUGCUCAUUUGGGGGUCAGCUGAUUAACUGGCAUCUUGCAGAGGUCAACUGGGUGCUCAAUCCUUGCUUAGGCCAACUGUGGGCAUAAAGACAACUGUCUCAACUUACAGAUUCUACGAGCAGCCUUGAGAGCUUUGCUGUGGAGCUGCGUGCCAGGGGUCCCUGUCACGUCUGCGGGCACCUGCCAUCAGCGCCCCAGCUUAGUGAGACCAAGGCUGCUCCAUCCCCCCAUCAGCAUCCCUCUGCGGGAGUCACUGUGAAAAAGUAUCAAGUGCUAGAGCAGCGCUGGCCCCCAGGAAGCACUCAAUAAAUGUUGGGCCUCAGCAUUAGCCCUGUUAGCUCAGCGAGCACCUUGUGGAGCAGCCCCCCGGCCCCAGGCACGACGGGCUCGGGUGCGCUCUAGGAAGGCCCCUGCCAGCUGGCAGACAGACUUACAGGCCACCAUCCGCUCAGCCGGCCAGCCGUCCGGGCAGGGAAUGUCACUGGCAUUCCAGGCUCUUUGGGCCUGUGAGGGGCCCGGACGUGAUUCUGACUUGCUCUUUUCAGGGAGCUCCUGGUCAGGUCAGAGAGGCCUGGGCAGUAGGGCCAUGAUGGAGCAGGAGGGUAUGGGAUGCAGAGACAGAAUGCAGCCCCUCCGAGCCUCUCAGCUUCUGUGCUGAGGCUUCCAGGCUCAUCGCCCAGAUCUGGAUGGGAGGGAGCUGUUCAUAUUUCCCUGAGGGGUGGGGGGCGGCUGGUGGAGCCGGGGAGCAGAACUUUUUAAGGAAGGAAGGGGUUGUCAAAGGGGCCAAGGACUGGGGCCCUGAGGAUCUAUUGCAAGUGGGCCAGGCGGGGAGGGGGGCAGCCUGGUCUGUCCAGCUUAGUGCCCGUGGCCCCUCCCGAGCAGCACCACCUGUCCCUGGGACCCUGAGGAGGAACUCCCCAGCCCUCAGGCAGGUGGGCGGCCGGUGGGCUGGACUUGCCUUUCACAGAUGAGAACGCUGAGGUCCCUGCCCAGAGCCAAAGUGGUAGGAGGGGGACAGAGGUGCUUGGAGAGCGGAGGGGCAAGGACAAGUUAAAAGGCUGGGCCGGGGAGAGGCCUCACGUGAGGGCUCUCCCUGGCUGCACCCCCGGCAGGUGCCGCAGGCCUGGGUGCUCAGGUUCCCGCACUGACAGGUGAGACGUGACAGAGCUGUGGGUGUGGCUUGGACACCAUCCCCACGAAGGCCUCUCGGGCACCACCGCUGAGCUGGACAAGGUCACAGCCUGGUUCAGGCUGAUUCGAGCCCCAAAUACGUUCCGUUGCCACGGGGCCCCUCCCUGCUUUCAGGAGCUCAGGGCAGGAUGGCCUGCAGCGGGGGUCCUCCUCUGAGCCCCCAUAUGCAGUGGCCUCGCCUCUCCCUCUCCACCGCCAGUGAGCCCACGGCCACCCCAGCCCCUCUCCACAGGCACCGCCUACAGCCCCUGAGCCUUGCAUAUACCCACGAACACAGUACACACAUCACAUAUAUACACACACGUGCACACACAGUGCAUGCAGCAAUACACAUACACAACAAGCACAUGCCAUAAACAACAUACAACGCAAAACACACACCCUACAUGCAACUGACACAAAACACAGUUACAGACACACGGGAUACUAUGUGUUUUUACUCUGAGCAACAACACACCAAGAAAUGAGAAAGGAUGCUGAGACUUGAGAGAAUUGACCCCCUGCCCAUAGCAUCUCUCCCAGUAGCCCUGGCGGCCUUCGGGAAGCUGACCCCAGGCCCUUGUGCUGGUCUAAGCUCCUUCAGCUUCCUGCUCUUGUUUUGUGGGCUGGUCAUGCCAGGCACCCUCCCUUGCCACCACCCUCAUACAGGGUGGAGCUGGCUUUGGACUGUCCAGCGCCAGGUCCAGGAGGCCUCCCUAGCCCUCUAUCGAGCCUGCCAUCCCCAAAUGCCGGGCUCCCUGCAGACCCCGCUGCGUGGGGUCACCCGGUGCACAGCUCCUGCUAUGUGAGCCUUGCCUCUCUGGGCUUCUGGAGCGAGGCAUCUGUGGCUCUCUUUCUGGGCAAUUCAGUGAGCCACGCCCUUCAUGGAGUGAGUCAUGGAAUCCCCCCAAAAGCCCAAUAAGGUCAGAGCAGGCCCAUUUGCAAAUGAGGAUCUGAGGCUCCGAGAAGCGGAUCCACCCCCCAUCUGCUUCUCUGAGCCAUUCUCUUUGAGCCUCAUGGGGGCACCAACUCAGUGGCCGGCCCAGGCUGGUCUCAGCCCGCACCCCGGGUGGAUUGGAUGUGUAGGGUUCUUGCCCCUGCAGGGUGAUCAGCUCCAGAAGCUUACGGGGCU